UAUUAAUAUGAGACAAGAACAUACCUAUUAGGUAAACGAAGACUUGGGAUAACUUGCUGAUAUUAGACUAGAUGGAGAGAGAAAUUGAACAAUGCAGGGAUUGUAAUAUGGGAGAACAUGGAAAGAAUAUUGAAAGCACCACACAUCAAUGUGUUUUGUGUACUACAUUCCAUGGUACGAAGUUAACUUCCAAUUCAACUACCUCGUGCCCUGGUGCAUCAGGGAAUCAUCACACAUCAGAGGAGAAUGAGUCUCAUUCCAUGAAUGAUAACCAAGCAAGUCGAACUAGUUCAUCAGAACCUGUGGAGUGUGUUAUACCUAAUGGAAGUACUGCUGCACGUCGUUCUGUUUUUGAACGUUUCAAAAAUCCUGAUUUCAUUGGUAAACUUAACUGUGUGAGUUAUGCUAAAGCAAGUGAUGCUGUUAAACGGGAAAAUAGUCAUGUGUCGAAGAGAUAUGAGGUUGAGAAAUUAAAGCAACAAGAGACGGACAAUUCCGCCCCUACUGUUAGUGAGAAAGGUGAUACUCACAUUGGAAUUCACAAAUAUACAGAUGAUCCAUGUACAGUAUAUGAAAUCCUCAGAGUAAAGCGAAUAUUUCAACAAAUACCUCAGAAAAAACGAAUGCCUGUUGACACUCCAAUUUUCCCUGAUAAGGUGCGUUUUGUGUGUAUAUCUGACACUCAUUCCCAACUUCAUAAGUGCCUUGACGCUAUACCUCCGGGGGAUGUCCUCAUCCAUGCUGGUGACUUCUCUAAUAUUGGCAGAGUCACAGAAAUCAUGAAUUUCAACAAAACAAUGGGAUCUCUUUCACAUAAACACAAAGUGUUGAUUGCGGGCAAUCAUGAAAUAACAUUUGAUGAGAAAACAGCUCCUGGAAAUAAUACAGGAGAAAUGCGGGAAUUGAUUACCAGUGCCACCUAUCUUCAAGAUAAGACAAUAGAACUUUAUGGCAUCAACAUUUAUGGAGCCCCGUGGGCCCCAGAAUUUGGAAUCAAUGCCUUUGGCUUACCAAGAGGGGAAAAGCUACUAGAGAAAUGGCAGCAAAUUCCAAGCAAUACAGACGUACUUAUCACACAUGGGCCUCCUUUAGGACAUUGUGACCUGACAAAAUCUAUGCAAAGGGCUGGUUGUGUUGAACUUCUGAAUACAAUCCAGUUCAGAGUCAAACCAAAGUUCCACAUAUUUGGUCACAUACAUGAAGCUCAUGGUAUGUCAACAGAUGGCACCACUACCUACAUCAAUGCUUCUAUUUGUAACCUUGGAUACAAAACAGUGCAGUCACCGAUUAUCUUUGAUAUUCCAUUACCUGAAGGAGUUUGCAAGGAAGAUUUUUAACUAACUAUACGGACACCAUAUGGAUAAAUACUAGUAUAAUCAGAGGAUUUGUCCGUAUCCCCUGACAUCUUUUAAUAAGCAUACUUGUGUAAAACGCAUGCUGUUUAUAGUAUAGAAAUAUAGGACCAAAAGUGCGUCCAGAAUACUGCUAAGUGAUAAAUAACUACAAAAGUUCCACGAUGUGAAUAAUAAUCAUGACAAAAUAUAUGCAACUAUAUUAUACUGGAGUAUUAGGUGAAAAACAGUAGCAUUUUAAUUUUCUGGAUUGGAUGGAGCCCCAGUCGAUCUCCACUUGUACACCAGGUGAACCUCAUCACUUCUUCACAGAAGAGUGGGCUUUUAGAGGGGAGGUUAAUGCUUGAUUCCUACAUAUAAGAGUUUUCAACUGAGCCUUUUUAGAUUUACAAUUGCAGUAAUAACCAUGCAUGAUUCAUUUUUUUUGCAAAACUAU